GACGAGAGGCUAGUCUACUUUGAUAGCCAAGGACUGUUUGGAGAGGAUGUCUGGGAGAUAGCUCGCACCAGGGCUACCACUCUGGAGAGACUAUCAACCAGCUGUUCUGUGAUUCUACCAGUUGUAUACACAGAGAGAUUCUAUGCAGAUGUGCUCAAGUCCGAGGUUGAAGAAUAUUGCAAACUGAUUUAUUAUAAUGAUAUCCCUGUGGGCGCUGUAUGUUCGCGCAUCGAGACCGACGAAGCAGCCAAAAAGUCCAAACUUUACAUCAUGACCAUGGGUGUUCUUGCACCGUACCGUUCUCUAGGACUAGGAACAUAUGCGAUCAAGCAUCUAUUAGAAACUGCAUCUUCCCCAUCGACCAAGCCUCACCUGACUUCACUAUACCUACACGUCCAAAUCUCUAACGAAGCGGCAAAGCGAUUCUACGAGCGAAAUGGGUUCAAAGAAGUCAGCGUGAUUGAUGAAUACUACAAAAAGAUUGAGCCCAAGGCGGCUUGGCUGAUGGAGUGGGAGACACCACUCCUGCCUGCCGAUGCCACUGAAGAUGCCGAAACAGCUACUGCAGGGAAAGCUGGUGACAAGCAAGGUGCAAAAGCUGGUGGUGCGAAGCAAGGUGGAAAGGGAGGUGGAAAGGGAGGAGGAGGCAAGAAGGGCCGGCGAUGA